UCUGCCGCUCUUCCAAAAAUUAUAGAAAAUAAUGUAUUCGUCCACUCUAGGACCAUAGCUACUUUCCAUUCGUAAUAAGUGUUUGUGUUAUUUUAACAGAUCGCAGCCAUGGGUCGCCGGCCAGCCCGAUGCUACCGCUACUGCAAGAACAAGCCCUACCCCAAGUCCCGUUUCUGUCGCGGUGUGCCUGAUCCUAAGAUCAGGAUCUUUGACCUGGGCAGGAAGAAAGCCAGGGUGGACGAGUUCCCUCUGUGUGGUCACAUGGUCUCUGACGAGUACGAGCAGCUGUCCUCUGAAGCUCUGGAGGCAGCCCGUAUCUGUGCCAAUAAGUACAUGGUGAAGACUUGUGGAAAAGACGGCUUCCACAUCCGGGUCCGCCUGCACCCCUUCCAUGUCAUCCGUAUCAACAAGAUGUUGUCCUGCGCUGGGGCUGACAGGCUCCAGACAGGGAUGCGUGGUGCGUUUGGGAAACCCCUGGGCACCGUGGCCCGUGUUAGGAUCGGUCAGGUGAUCAUGUCUGUCCGCACCAAGGCCAGCAACAAGGAACACAUUAUCGAGGCUCUCCGCAGAGCCAAGUUCAAGUUCCCCGGACGUCAGAAGAUCCACAUGUCCAAGAAGUACGGCUUCACUAAGUUCAACGCGGUGGACUUUGAUCAAAUGAUGGCUGAAAAGCGUGUGAUUCCUGAUGGCUGUGGGGUGAAGUACAUCCCUUCGACUGGUCCUCUGGCUCGCUGGAAGAAGAUUCACGCCAUCUAGACGCCCAACUACAGACGGUCUGGACAGGUUCAACAUCCCAUAGGAUGCCUGUCUGGUCCUCGGCUUCACAAGAGGCUCAGACAUGGUGAAUGAAUACAUCUGAAUUGUCGGCAAAUAAAAUAUUAAAAUAUU